UGCGCACGUCAAAGCCGGGCUCGGGCCGGGAACGGGGAGCGGCGCGGCCUGGGUGAGACUGAACCUCCGGGAGCCGGGCGAAGGCGAAGGCAAAGGCGGUGCCGGGCCCCGCAGCCGCAGCAGCCGCAGCAGCCGCAGCCCGGACGAUCGAGCACAGCAGUACGGCGGCCGCCGCGGGAGCCCCUGGGCCGUCGUCCGCCCGCGCAGCCGCUGCCGCCGCCGCCUCCGGGGUAGCUCGUUGCCGGGAGCAGGAGCAGGCGGAAGACAACGGAGGGGCCGAGCGCCCGAGCCGCGCCGCGGGGACCGAGUGAGCAGCCCGAGGCGGCGGAGGCGGCUGAGGACGGGGACGGCGACGAUUCGGAGGCGGAGAGGAAGCCGCCCGGCCCAGCCCCGUAAAGCAGGCAGCGCGCAGCGAGGCGUCUGUCACGGCCGCCAUGCCGUUCCCGUUCGGGAAGUCUCACAAAUCUCCCGCCGACAUCGUGAAGAACCUGAAGGAGAGCAUGGCCGUUCUGGAAAAGCAAGACAUUUCUGACAAAAAGGCAGAAAAGGCCACAGAAGAAGUUUCCAAAAAUCUGGUUGCCAUGAAAGAAAUUCUCUAUGGCACAAAUGAAAAAGAGCCACAGACGGAAGCAGUGGCACAGCUCGCUCAAGAGCUAUACAAUAGCGGGCUCCUGAGCACCCUGGUAGCGGACCUGCAGCUCAUUGACUUUGAGGGCAAAAAAGAUGUGGCUCAAAUCUUCAACAAUAUUCUCAGAAGACAAAUUGGUACAAGGACUCCUACCGUUGAAUACAUCUGCACCCAACAGAAUAUUUUGUUCAUGUUAUUGAAAGGGUAUGAAUCUCCAGAAAUAGCUCUGAAUUGUGGAAUAAUGUUACGAGAGUGCAUCAGACAUGAACCACUUGCAAAAAUCAUUCUGUGGUCAGAACAGUUUUAUGAUUUCUUCCGAUAUGUUGAAAUGUCAACAUUUGACAUAGCUUCAGAUGCAUUUGCCACAUUCAAGGAUUUGCUUACAAGACAUAAAUUGCUCAGUGCAGAAUUUUUGGAACAGCAUUAUGAUAGAUUCUUCAGUGAAUAUGAAAAGUUACUUCAUUCAGAAAAUUAUGUGACAAAAAGACAGUCACUUAAGCUUCUUGGUGAACUACUAUUAGACCGACACAACUUCACAAUUAUGACAAAAUAUAUCAGUAAACCUGAGAACCUCAAAUUAAUGAUGAAUCUUCUACGAGACAAAAGUCGUAACAUCCAGUUUGAGGCCUUUCACGUUUUUAAGGUGUUUGUUGCCAAUCCUAACAAGACACAGCCCAUCCUAGACAUCCUCCUCAAGAACCAGACCAAACUCAUAGAGUUCCUCAGCAAGUUUCAGAACGACAGGACCGAGGACGAGCAGUUCAACGACGAGAAGACCUAUUUAGUCAAACAGAUCAGGGACUUGAAGAGACCAGCUCAGCAAGAAGCCUAACUCCCCAUAAACAUCCACAAUAUUAAACCCAAACCCAGCACUUGCUGUUAGCUCUUCAGCAUCAGGCACUCUUACCGAUUCGUGAGGAACAUUACUGCUCAUCUGCUGUUAAGUGAACGGUUUUUCAUUUUACCUUUUUUGUUUUAUUUUGUUUUGUUUUUUUAGUCAAACCUGGAGAACGUAGCUGCUGCUUUCUUGCACACUAGAGCACACGUGGACUUUUCUUGAUCUUUGUGUCAUUUCAGAAUUCAGAGACCCUGUUUGCUGUAGGAGUUGUGAGCACGGCUAGGUUCAUGAGGGCAGAAGGAGGGGAGGCGGUGUGGCAGAGGAACGGGAGGCGUCUGUAGGGCCAGGCUGGCCUGCGGGUGUGCGUUUGUCUGUGGGAGAGCUGGGCGUGGGUUCUUGGUGAGUGGUCUGCCUUCAUUCAAGGGCGGGUCAUGCUGGGUUUGAAAUCGGGGGAACCGUGCCCACGAUGUAGGCUUUCUGGGUGGAUAAAGUUGACAUGCGAAUAACUUGAUACUGAAACUUAGCAACUUCUUAGAAGUGUGAAGCUUCAUAAGGUCAUAAGGAAAAUGUAUAUAUGCUUUCACAGCUUUCUAGAAUUUUUUGACAUUUGAUUUUCUUAAGACUUGUAAACCUGGAUAUGUUGGAAGGUGUUUGUUAAUUUCCCUUUUGGAAGGUCUUUUCAAACAGUAGAGCUAGCAACAACACCUCGCAUUUCAUUUCAACAAUGCUUAUAGGUUUCUUUUGUAUAUAAUUCUUAGAAUGCUCAUUUCUUUUAAAUGAUUUAAUUUGUACAGCAGAGGAAUGUUAUUGUAUUAGUAUGUAACUAUUACCUAAUAUUGAGUUUUUGCAAAAAAUGAAUGCUCAUAUGUAAUUGAAAUACUUCAGAUCACAUGAAAAUGCUGAUUUAACAUUUAAGUAUCACAGCAUUAAAAGGAAAAAGUAAACCAAUCCUUCGUAUUCAGUUAUCUAAUGGGGUGCCAUCAAUAGGGUACAAUACAGACUUGGAACUCAGCUCCACUUUUCUGCAUAAUAUUGGCCUUAUUCAUGUAAAAUGAGUCAUGAGUUUGCUAGAUCUAUGAAUGAUACCGAUUAUGCUAAAUUAAUGCUGAUUCUCUGUGUGUGUGUGGGAAACCUGUAGAGCACCUUUUCUUUCUUUAGAGUAAGUAACCCAGUACCAUAGUUGUGAAACUGAAUAAUUAAGACUUUGGCUUCUCUUAGAAAAAAAAGAGUUCCUAGUCAUAGGUGUUCUAUGGGGAAAUUUAUUUUUUUUAAUGUCCUAUUCCUUAAUGCUGCAAAUUAUCAGUAUUUAUAAAGUAACUGAUUUUGCACCACCUUUUUGUUACUGUGACCACGGCAGAACAGCGUCUCCUAGAACAUAUCUCUGUAAAGUUAUUAGAAUGGUAUCUGUUCAUCUUAGUGAUACAAAGAUCACAACUAACAACUUACAAAUCAGAGUUUGCCAGUUCGAAUUCAGCAUGGCUGUGGCUGACUAAGAAAUUUAUAUGAUUAUUCGUUGCUAGCCUCUCUUACUAAUUCAAUUAUUUAUCGGCCAGUAAAAUGAGACUCCCAAGUGAUGUUUCAGCAGGUUGUAAAAACACCAGUUAGGAAAACAGCUCCAGAAAAUACAGAUGUAUUUUAUUCCAUUUAAUUAAAUGG